AUGAGAAGACUCGCCUUCGAUCUGGCAGAGAGGAUGGGAAUCAAGCACAGAUUCAGCAAAGGAAAGGGGUAUGCAGGGGUGGACUGGUUCAGUGGCUUCAUGAAGCUCAACCCUCAACUGGAGUAUGAUGGGACGGCAGCACAGUACCAGGGAUUCCUGUUACAACUGAACCUCUACCUGGCCACUGUGUACCCAGCUCCCUCGGGAAGGGAGAGAGUGGCUGCCCUCGUCUCCUGCCUCACAGGAAGAGCGCUGGACCACUUUGAGGAGUUCACCCGUCGCUUCCGGGCCAUCUUCGACCAUCCGCCCGAAGGCUGGAACGACAGGGCCCUCAUCGACCACUAUCGGUGCAGCCUGCGAGAGGACGUCCAACAGGGGGCUCUGUCAGUGCCAUCUUCCAGCACCCCCGCUCCAGUGCCCAUGGAGUUGGGAGGGGCUGCGCGUAGGGAGGCUGGAGGAGGGGCCAACACAUGCACCAUCUGUGGCCGCAGAGGGCACACUGCCGGUCGGUGCCGUGUCGGUCCCUCUGGGAGUGUAAACGGCAGGCAGGGCACUCUGGCGUCACCCCAGGGUGGAUCUGAUGAGAGUCUGACAGCAGAGGAGCAGAUGUACAUUCUGUAUGACAUUAAACUCCAAUGCCACCAGAACCUCUCCACCCGCGACCCUGCAGAUGACCUUUGCCCCCCUGGUUGGGACGGCCUGGUUUGCUGGCCUCAGGGUUACCCAGGAGCUGUCACCAAGGUCCCCUGCCCCAGCUAUGUCUACGACUUCAACCACAAAGGUCACACCUCCAGGAAGUGUGACAUCAAUGGGUCGUGGGUGUUUGUGGAGAGCCUGAACAGGACGUGGCCUAACUACUCAGAGUGUCUGGGCCCUGGGUUUAUGAAGCCAAGCAACGAGAGAGGGAAACAGAACUUCUUUGAGCGGCUCUAUGUCAUGUACACUGUGGGCUAUGCUGUGUCCUUCAGCUCUCUACUAGUGGCUAUCCUCAUCAUUGGAUACUUCAGGCGUCUCCACUGUACCAGGAACUACAUCCACAUCCACCUGUUUGUCUCCUUCAUGCUCCGAGCCGUCAGCAUCUUCGUCAAGGACCGGGUGGUGUACGCCAGCGCCGGCCUGCAGGAGUUUGAUGCGGUGCUCAUGGACAACUUCAAGACUGUGGCCAUGGCGCCACUGGACAACUCUCAAUAUAUUGGGUGUAAAGUGACAGUGCUGCUGUUCAUCUAUUUCUUGGCGACUAACUACUACUGGAUCCUAGUGGAGGGCCUGUACCUCCAUAGUCUCAUCUUCAUGGCCUUCCUCUCUGACACAAAGUACCUGUGGGGCUUCACCCUCAUCGGAUGGGGUGUUCCAGCUCUGUUCGUGGCAACAUGGGCAGUUGUCCGGGCAACACUAGCAGAUGGAAGGUGCUGGGAGUUAAGUGCUGGGAACAUUAAGUGGAUAUACCAGGUUCCCAUUCUGACAGCCAUCGGACUCAACUUUAUCCUUUUUGUGAACAUUGUGCGAGUGCUGGCGACAAAGAUCAGGGAGACCAAUGCAGGGAGAUACGACACAAGAAAACAGUACAGGAAGCUGGCUAAAUCCACCCUAGUGCUGGUGCUGGUGUUUGGGGUCCACUACAUUGUGUUUGUGGGGAUGCCUCACACCUUCCAGGGCCUCAGCUGGGAGGUCAGAAUGUACUUCGAGCUCUUCUUCAACUCCUUCCAGGGGUUCUUUGUAUCCAUCAUCUACUGCUACUGCAAUGGAGAGGUCCAGACAGAGAUCAAAAAGACGUGGACUCGUUGGAACCUGGCGUUUGACUGGAAGGGUCCGGUGGUGUGUGGCAGGUACCGCUACGGCUCGGUGCUCACAGUGCUCAACAACAGCACCAUCAGCCAGUCCCAGCUGGCCGGGAUUGGCUCUGCCACCCGAUCCACCACCCUCUUCUCCAGCCGGGUCUACCGGAGCAACGGACCUCCUACACUCAGCACCCAUGCCACCCUGCCUGGCUACGUCAUUAGUAACUCAGACCCAGACAGCCUCCACCCCUCCAUCCCUGAGGAACCAGAGGAGGACAGUGCCAAGCAGGUGGAUGACAUCUCUCUGAAGGAGACGCUGCAUGUACUCAAUAGUAGCAUGACUGCAGAUGAUGAUGAGGAGACACUGUAG